AGGAUUGUGAACGUUGUGGUGUGGGAUUUGCUCUUGGUCCUCAUGUUUUUCGUUCCUGAUAACAUUAUCUCAUUAUACGGAACAUUAUCAAACUUUAGAUCGGGGUUGUUUCUUCUGGUUCCAGUUAUUAUACUGCUGGAUGCCACAAAUACAUGGAAUGAUGUCUGGGUUGAGAGAGGUGAACGCAAAUGGUGCAUACCGUUACUUGUUGUAUUUGUGUGCUAUAUAACAACACUUACAAUAUCAGGACUAAUGUUCGCUUGGUUCAACCCCUCAGGCCAUGAAUGCAAUCUUAAUGUGUUCUUUAUUGUCAUGACCAUCAUUCUCGCAUUUGGUUUUGUAAUUAUUACAUUGCAGGCUAAUGCAAGUCUUUUGCCAUCUUCUGUUAUUUCUGUGUACUGUUCGUAUGUGCUCUACAGUGCUCUCUCAAGUGAGUCUCGAGAUUACGCGUGCAAUGGUCUCAACAACAGUUCAAAAGGAGUAACCACGCGUAAGCUAAUUCUUGGUAUGCUCACAACAGUUAUCUCUGUCUUGUACUGUGCUUGCCGGGCUGGAUCCUCGCUAAAGUCAGGUGACAGAAACCCUUUUGUGAACUUUGAGCAGAGAAAGGACAGAGAACUUGAUGUUGUGCCAUUUGGUUAUUCCUAUACAUUUUUCCACCUGAUUUUCGCGUUCGCUAGCAUGCAUUCAAACAUGCUUAUUACAGGUUGGACUGGCUCACCGUCAUUCAACUCAGAGUUGAUUAAUGUUAGCUGGACAUCAACUUCGGUUCAAAUAUGCACUCAAUGGGCCACUGCUGUUCUUUAUGUUUGGUCUCUUGUAGCUCCUUUGUACUAUCCUGAUCACUACAUCCUAUUAGUUUAUAUCAGGAAUACCAGUAGCUGUACCGGUCACCUGAAAUACUUGUACAAACUAAUACUUAGGAGGAAGUUAGAAUAA